ACAAGAGUAAUCAACAGAAUCAUCUUUUUCCAUUGCGUGUGUACACACUGCUCAUUCCAGGGCUGCGCCAUACUGACGCCGCCGACCAUUUUUUUAUACCACCAUUUUUCGAAUUGCUUUAGAUGCCAGCAGCAGUUGCAGCAGCUAGUUUUUUAAUUAAUUUAUUGUAUUAGUGUAUAACUGUGAAAUUUCUUAGUGCAACGCAUAUUCGAAUAUUGAAGCAAUCAAAGAACUACGAUUGCAUACAAAUUUUCAUUGAUAGAGAAUAUUUCAGCACCAGAUUGCGUCGAACCAUGUCAGACUCUGUGACUGUUGCUCUGCGCGUGCGCCCGCUGGUAAAAUCUGAGCUCGAUCGUGGCUGCCGCAUCGCCGUGCAACGCGUCGCCGAUGGAGUGCCACAAGUGACUGUGAACCGCACCGACUCCUUUACAUAUAACUACGUGUUCGACAGCCGUGACUCGCAGCAGGACGUGUAUGAGUCAUGUGUGCGCAGCAAGCUAAAGAAGUUGCUCCAGGGCUUCAAUGUGACGAUCCUCGCAUACGGCCAGACAGGCUCUGGCAAGACCUACACGAUGGGGACUGCAUUCAAUGGGGUCAUGGACGAGCAUGUCGGUGUCAUACCACGUGCCGUGCACGAGAUCUUUGAGGAGACCGCCUCCAUGCACAAUGAUUUCCAUUUCAAAAUAACUUGCUCCUUUGUGGAGCUGUAUCAAGAGCAGUUCUACGACCUGUUUUCGCCCAACAAGCGAGAGGAUAGUACUGUGGAUAUACGCGAGGACAAGAACCGGAUUGUUAUGCCUGGAGUGACCGAGGUGGAGGUAACGCAAGCCAAGCAUGUCACCGAUGAACUAAUGCGUGGCUCAUCCGGCCGUGCUGUGGCCGCCACGGCAAUGAACGAGACCUCAUCCCGAUCGCACGCGAUCUUUACCAUAACUGUUGUCGCCACCAAGAAGGUUGGGCAGAAGUCGGUGACGACAUCUAAAUUCAAUUUUGUGGACCUAGCGGGCUCUGAGCGCUGCUCCAAGACACUGGCUAGUGGUGACCGAUUCAAGGAAGGCGUCAACAUCAACAAAGGCCUCCUGGCAUUGGGCAAUGUGAUAAAUGUGCUGGGCUCUGGUCAAACAUCGGGCUAUGUGCCUUACCGGCAGUCGAAGUUGACACGCCUGCUGCAGGACUCGCUGGGCGGCAACUCGAUUACCUUGAUGAUUGCCUGUGUUAGUCCCGCGGACUAUAACGUGGCCGAGACGGUCAGCACAUUGAGAUACGCAGAUCGUGCUCUGCAGAUCAAGAACAAGCCUGUCGUGAAUGUGGAUCCGCAUGCGGCAGAGGUAAUGAUGCUCAAGGACAUCAUACAGAAGCUUCGCGUCGAGCUACUCGCGUAUGGCGGGGGCAGCGGCAACGUGGGCAAUGGAGAUGGACUCAGUCUCAGCUCCACGGAAGGAUUGAGUGCACAAGAGGGGCGGAGGUACAAAGAGCAGCUAGAGAAGCUGCAGGAGGACUAUGCACGAAGUGAGAGGAUGAACCGCAAGCUGCAGCAGGAACUGCACCAAGCGCUGAUCGAUCUGGCCGAGAAUGAGAUCCGUGCCCACAUCGCCGAAGUCACUCACGACAAGCUGAAGCUGCACCUCGUUGAGCUGAAGACGAAGCUGACUGAAGCCGCAAUACCCAAGGCAGAGGAAGGUGGCCCCGAGCAAGACCAGCCGACAAACCAAUCUGAGCUGGAGAAGCAAUGGCGCGAGAGGAUGCGAGAUAUCACGCAGCUGGUGUCGUGCGUGGACGAAGAGCUGCAGCAGACGGAGAACGCAUUGCAGACACAUCGAAAAGAAUGCCUGAACGUUGACGAAUCCAGCUCCGUCAGCGCAGAGUCGCACGAGCUUUUGGAUUCGCGCGCAGAAGAGCACACGAUGAAGCAGCUGUGUCUCAAGGGCGAACUGCGCGACAUCGAUCGGCAAUUGACCCUGAAACAGGAGCUGCACGAGCGUGUUGCGCGCAACUUUAGCAAACUGGAAGACGAUGGCAUUGACGAGAAGUUUAAGCAGUGCGAGCUGAAGGUCAAACAGCUGGAAUCGGAGCGAACUGAGCUGCUCGAUCAGCUGCGGAGCACCAAGAUGAAGGACACGUCCGCUAAGCUGGCCGAGGAGCGGCGCAAGCGUUUGGUGCUGCUCGAGCAAGAGAUUACGGAGAUGCGUCGCAAGAUAAUGCAGCAGGCAAAUAUAAUAAAGAUGCGUGAAAAGGAGCGCGAAAAGAUCCAGAACCUCACCACCGAAAUACGCGCCAUGAAGGAGUCCAAGGUGAAGCUAAUACGCGCCAUGCGCGGUGAAUCCGACCGCUUCCGGCAAUGGAAGAUGAUGAGCGAGAAGCAGCUCACACAGCUAAAGAGCAAGGAUCGCAAGAUGCAGAGCGAAAUGGCGCGCCAGCAAAAUCUACAUGCCAAACAGCGACUGGUGCUCAAGCGGAAGUGUGAGGAGGCGCAGGCCACUAACAAACGGCUCAAGGAUGCGCUGGAGCGGCAGAGAGCCGCACAAGCGCAACGCCAGCGCUUUACCAAGGAGCAACCGGGCGCAACUGAUCUGGCUGCUUUUGUGGAUCGCACCCUGGAGGUAAUUCUUUCGCUAAUCGAUGCCGAGUACAGUCUGGAGCAGCUGAUGGAAGAUCGUGCCAUUAUCAAUGCGCACUGCAAAGAGCUGCGGGAGCUGGCGAAUCCUGAUGCCGACCAAGUCAAGCUGUUGGCCAGCCUUGAGGAGGAGCUGGAGAUGCGCAAUGCACAAAUCGAGGAUCUGCAGCAGAAGGUCUGCACCAACGAUCUGGACAGUCGCAUUGCAGCGCUCUGCGACAGCGUCCAAAGUGUGAGCGAGUCACGCGGGCUCAACAAGCAGCUGCUGAAGAAUCUUGUGCAGCAGCGACGCGAUCAGGCACAGAGCAUCAUGGAGCAGAAGGUGCUGGUGGACGAGCAGCGCACCCAGCUGAACGAGGCGCAGCAGCGCAUCGAGGAGCUCACCAAACGUCUACGCCAGGCGGAGCGAGAGCACUCUGAGCUUAUGCUCAGCCAACAGCGCAGCUACGAGGAGAAGGUCGCGGUGCUGCUGCGCAGCUCGCAUGCACUGGGCGGCAAUGAGGCUCAGAACCCAGAAGAUCUGGAACGGCAGCAGAUAGUCGAAGAGCUGCUCGACACUAAAGAGAAGCUGCAACAGAAAUUGGACCGUAUUAAUUCCAACACAAAGAAAACUCCCGUUUUCGAUGAAUCCGUGAUCAACGACAGCAUUGUGAGCGAUGGCUUUGAGGAUCAUGACGACGAUCCAGACUGGGUGCCCGAGAUGAAACGUCCCAAGAAAUCGAAUACAUCGCUAAGCAACGGUGAGAAUCCAAACAGUAGCUCCACCAGCAACAAAAACCACAACAACAACAACAACACUGCCAGCAACGACAAUAGCCUACAGAGCACCAUAGACAUGAGCUCGAUGGCAGAUGAGAGCCGCAAAUCAUCAAAGAACUGCAAGUGUCGAACAAAGUGCAGCACAAGGCGCUGCGGUUGCUUCCUGACUAACACUGGUUGCACCUCCAACUGCCGGUGCCAAGGCAACUGCCAGAAUCCGACCAACAAGGAGAACUCCACUCCAGAUGCUCCACAGAACGAGACUGUUACGUUGGCCAGCGCCAACACAGAUGGCGAGGAGGAGUCUGAUGCUGACUUGGUCAAAACGAAUAGUUUCUCCAGUCCCGCUGCUGUAACGGAGAAGAAACCAAGAAUGUCGCGAUUGGAUUUAAACACGCCCUCGACUAAGCAGAAGUUCUUCUGAUGUGCGGAACUCGUAUUUUGUUUCAUUAUUUUUUUUUAAUAUAAAUAAUA